UUAUCAUCAAAUCAAUUUAAUGGUUUGGAUUGUAAAGCGGGAGACACAAGUAACCGCCUCUAUUCCUUCCAAAUGAAUAAUCGAAGUGACUCUUCCUAAUUUUGAAUCAAAAUCUUUUCUACAAACAGUUUGUCUUCAUUUACUUGCUAGAGAAUGGCGAAGAAAUACGAGGGAGUUGCUAUAGGAAUUGACCUAGGCACGACGUACUCAUGUGUUGGAGUGUGGCAAGAACAAAACGACCGUGUUGAAAUCAUUCACAAUGAUCAAGGAAACAAAACAACACCUUCUUGUGUUGCUUUUACCAACACUCAAAGAUUGAUUGGUGAUGCUGCCAAAAAUCAAGCUUCCUCUAACCCAACCAACACUGUAUUUGAUGCUAAGAGGUUGAUCGGAAGGAAAUAUAGCGAUUCUGUUAUUCAAAGUGAUAUUCUAUUAUGGCCCUUUAAGGUCAUUGCCGAUGAUAAUGACAAGCCGAUGAUCCUUGUGAGCUACAAGGGUGAGGAAAAACACCUUGUUGCUGAGGAAAUAUCAGCCAUGAUUCUCACACAGAUGCGAGAGAUUGCGGGGGCAUUUUUGGAAUCUCCUGUUAAGAAUGCAGUGAUUACCGUACCUGCUUAUUUUAAUGAUUCACAGCGAAGAGCCACCAAAGACGCCGGUGAUAUUGCUGGUCUCAAUGUAAUUCGGAUAAUCAAUGAGCCAACUGCAGCGGCUCUUGCAUAUGGACUUCAAAAGCGAGCUAAUUGUGUUGAAGAGAGAACUAUCUUCAUCUUUGAUCUUGGUGGCGGGACUUUUGACGUGUCUCUCCUUACUAUUAGGAAUAACGUCUUUGAAGUCAAGGCCACUGCUGGAGAUACUCAUCUUGGAGGAGAAGACUUUGAUAAUCGAAUAUUGAAUCACUUUGUGAAGGAGUUUAAGAGGAAGAAUAAAGUUGACAUUAGUGGGAACUCAAAAGCUCUGAGGAGAUUGAGAACUGUCUGUGAGAGGGCAAAAAGGACACUGUCAUAUGAUACUGAGGCCACAAUUGACAUAGAUGCUAUAUAUGAGGGAAUUGACUUCUGUUCAUCAAUUACUCGGGCCAAGUUUGAGCAAUUAAAUAUGGACUUGUUUGAAAAGUGUAUGCAGACUGUUGAAAACUGUCUUGUUGAUUCUAAGAUAGACAAGAGUAGUGUUGAUGACAUUGUUCUGGUUGGUGGCUCUUCUAGGAUACCCAAAGUUAAACAGUUGUUGCAGGACUUUUUCAAGGGAAAGGAGUUAUGCAAGAGCAUAAACCCUGAUGAGGCUGUUGCUUAUGGUGCAGCUGUACAGGCUGCUUUGUUGAGUGAAGGCAGUAAGAAUGUUCCAAAUUUGAUGCUGCAAGAUGUUAUCCCUCUGUCACUUGGUAUCUUAACUUACGGAGAUAUCAUGAGUGUGCUGAUUCCUAGGAAUACUUCUGUACCGUUCAAGAAGACACGGGGUUAUGCAACAGCUUCAGAUAACCAAUCUUCAGUCCCAAUUAAGGUUUACGAGGGUGAAAGAGUUAUUGCAACCGAGAACAACUUGCUUGGUUUGUUUGAUCUCAAUGUUCGACUAGCUCCUCGGGGGCUUCCUCUCAAAGUAUGCUUUACUAUAGAUGCAGAUGGUAUAUUAAACGUCUCGGCAGAGGAAGAAAUCAGUGGUAAUAAAAAUGAUAUUACUAUAACGAAUGAAAAUGGUAGGCUGUCAAAAGAAGAGAUUGAGAGAAUGAUCCAGGAGGCUGUGAAUUUCAAGGCGCAAGACAUGAUGUUCAAAAAGAAAGUUGAAGCAAGAAAUGCUUUGGAAGAUUAUCUUUACAAUGUGAGGAAAGUAAUGAAGGAUGAUUGUGUAAGUUCUGAGCUCACAUCUGUAGACAAAGUGAAGCUCAAUUCUGCAAUGAUUAAGGGAAAGAGCUUGAUUGAUGACAACCAGCAGGAAGAUAGGUCUGUGUUUAUAGACUUUUUGAAGGAGCUUGAGAGCGUCUUUGAAUCUGCUAUGAACAAGAUCAACAAAAGUUACUUAGAUGAGGAAAGUGAUUAGGAUUCUCAAUGUUGGUUUUUGUUAUUUGAUUUACUUCCUCAUGCACAAUGUUGGACCUGCUUGUUCUGCUUCUCUGAUAUAACUAUUGUUAUUGUUGCAGAUUGACAUUUCAAAUGAGUCGUAUUAUGUGCCCACAAUUUCAUAACUAGUAGUAGUUCUUAGUCUUCUACCAUAAUGAUAUGUACUGCAACUUAUACUCUAUAUAUCCUUUGAAAAUUCAGAAAUGAUA